AUGGCUCUGCUGCGGGCCGCGCUGGUGCUGUGUGUGGGAUACUUGCAGAGCUGCGGAGGCUUUAACCUGGACGUGGAUAAACCCUCCGUGUUCGCUGGACCCGAGGGCAGCUACUUCGGCUUCUCUGUGGACUUCUUCAAGCCUUCCAGAUCCAAGUAUGUGGUCAUUCACGUCAUGGUGGUCUCCAGUGGGGUCGUCGUCAUGUAA